GCGUCCCGUAUCUACGGCAGGCCGCUAGUGACUAAGAUCAUCGUGGGCGAACGCGCAACGUUUUUUAUAGAAUCGGGAAAGCUUCACAUCAAUGAACAUUACGAUUUACUAAAUAUGGAAAAUGAAAAGAUUCAAGAAAGCCAGCCUGUAGCAGAAAAUGUGUCCAUUGUGGAAGAGAUAGAUAAAAAUAACAUAACUGGAGAUGGUCAUUUGAAUCCUAAUCUGAGAGAUUCUGGAUCUGCAAACAAUAAAAGGCCAUAUUCACAGCCAUGUUCCCCAGUGAGCGAUGUCAAAGAUGACUCUGAAAAUCUAAGUCUGCCAAAAAGAGCAAAGUUAGAAACAGAAUUGGCCAUAAGCGAAAAGGAACUCAAUAAACUGGAUUCCCUCAAUAGUCAACAUUGCUUAGAUGUCAAUCAAGUGAAAACUACUGGGAUAGCAGAAAGUGAUGUCUGUCAUAAUGAAACACAAUCUAUAGGUUGCUCCACAACACUAACCAAAGAAGAAGGACUUGAUAGUUCCACAACGAUGAAUGGGAGUGAAAAAGUCGGAGAUUAUUGUGUUGAGAAUAGUACAGAUAAGCCUUCUGAAGUUGCUGAUGCAAACACUCCACCUAGUUCUGCAGUUCAGUUGGAAACACACUUUCAAUGUUCAUAUGAAAAAUUCUUACAAUCUCAUGCUAUUAUUGACCCUAAAAGUAAGGAAUCUAUUCAAGAAAAUAAAUUGUUCCAGAAAAAGUGUGUUAAAAAAAGGAAGAUUAAUGUAAGUAAACGUGGAAUCAAAAAGUCAAACCCUGCACUUAAGACAUUAGAAACACAAACUAAAUUGAGUCAAGAUAAUGGUCUUCCACCAAACAAUAAUAACACAAGCAGCUUACAAACAGAAGUAACACCCUCACAUAGUGAACAGAAACUAGUGCAUUAUGCAUCCUCAUUAGAUAGUUCUCAACAUGAUCCGGAAGGCUCAUCUUGCGUAGGGGAGUCAGAAAGAAAAAGCAAUGCAAGAAAUCUAUCAAACACCAUUAGUAAGAUAAUAGCCAAACGAAAGAAUGAUCGAAAAAAACACAAGAGAAGAUGCUUGUUUAGAAGGAAGCAUAGUUUUGGACAGUUAAAAAAACACAUACAAGUACUUAGUAAUAAAAGUAAACUUGAAGAGUCAGUUGUGCAUCUAGAAGGAAACCUAAAUCCUCCUAUUAAAACAUUCCUUGAAACACCAGCGGCGGGAUCAUACUUGACAAUUGAAAGCGUUCCUCAUGUGGAUGUUGUAUAUGAUGUUGAAUGUGAAGGAACUUUACAUCCUGCUUCAUUUAAAUUAAUACAUACUACACAGGUUGCAGAACAAUAUGCUUGCGUAUACUGUAAGGCCGUGGCUGGUACCAAAGAAAACUUAACCCUUCAUUUCUGGAAGAGACAUGCUAAUCAAAUGCAGUUUUACUGUCAACCAUGCGGGUUCUCAUGUGUCACCAGAGAGGAUUUUGAAAAGCACUGCCAGAAUGACAAUCACAGGAAAGGUGGUGUUUUGUUAGAUUGUUACCUCUGUGGUCUAGACACUGUCAAUGAGUCAAUCUUUGAAACUCACAUGAAAGCCAAGCACAAAAUGUGUUUUUAUUGCAGUAUUUGCAAGGUUUACUUUAAAUCAAAUGAUGACAAGUUACACCAUGAAACAACAGAGGUGCACAUUUUGGCACAGGAGAAAACGUGUGAUCCUUCUGCCAAGAACAUGGAGGUGAAAAUGGAUCUUGCUAAAGAAUGUCUGCGAGAAGGUGAGAGUAGUGCAGCUCUUCAGACAGUUGAAGUCCCAGUAGAGAAUUACAUAGAAAAAGAAGUAAGAAAACCUCAGUUUCAAUGCAAAAAGUGCUUCUAUAAAACCAGAUCAUCUACAGUGUUGACAAGGCAUAUCAAACUUCGACAUACUUAUGAUUAUCACUUUUUAUGUAAGGCUUGCAACAUAUACACAAUGUAUAAAGAAGGAAUGGAGAGACACAUUAAAAGGAGCAAACAUAUUGAAAACGCAAAGAAAAACAACAUUGGGUUACUUUUUGGUGAGUGCAUUGAAUGGGUUUCAUUUGCUGUUAUGCACAAAGAUAGGCCUCAAAAUGAAGAUUUUGAAGAAGCACAGUCACCUUCUGGAUUAAUUACACCUUCCACUGAAGCAUUGUUUUGUUCUAAACAUGCCCCUAGUCAAACUGAUCCAAUGCAUGUAAACACACCUAAAAGAGGACGACCAAAGGGAAAUAUUUCUAUUUCUUGCCCUCAUUGUGGACUUACAGCAUCCAGUGUUACAAACCUUAAGGUGCAUAUUAGGAGGAAGCAUACACAUCAGUACAACUAUAAAUGCAAGGUGUGUAAUUAUGACACUGUAACUAAAGGAGACAUGGAACGACACUGUAUAACCAAAAAGCAUAAGAAUCGUGUAGAGGAACAGAAACUCAACCAACAGAAAACAGAAAUCGUGGUAACCACAGAUGGGACAAAGUUUGAAGCUUCUGUUAAGAAAAAAGGAAACCCUUUA